ACAGCAACUCUAAAAUGGCAGCCGUGGACAAAGACGUAGCCGAGAAGUUUCUGGACAGCAACCCUGACUUCGCCAAGCAGUACUACGAUGCCAAGUUCCGCCCGAAGGUAAUCUCUGACCUUUUCAAAGACAACAAGACUUCCCAGGUGAACACCAGCAGCUUCCACGAGCUGAGCACGGUGGAGGAGAGUGAGAUCAUAUUUGACAUGGUCAGAGACCUGCAGGACAACAUCCAGAUGGAGAAGGCUAUCUUCAACUUCAUGAAACACCUCAGCUUCAUGAUACAGUCAGAGAAGAUGAGCCUGUUCAUGUACCGGAUGCGUAACGGCACGGCCGAGCUGGCCACGAGACUCUUCAACGUGCACAAGGACGCCACCUUGGAGGAGUGCCUGGUCCAGCCAGACAGUGAGAUAGUCUUUCCCAUGGACAUUGGCAUUGUGGGCCAUGUGGCCACCACCAAGAAGACUGUCAACAUCCCAGAUGUCUCAGAGAGCAGCCACUACAGUGACUUUGUGGACCAGAUCCAAGAAUACCAGACCAAGAGUGUCCUGGCUACCCCCAUCAUGAAUGGCAAGGACAUGGUGGCUGUUAUGAUGGCUGUGAACAAGAUUGGAGCUCCACACUUCACUAAGCAGGAUGAGGAGACUCUGUUGAAGUAUCUCAACUUUGCCAACCUGAUCCUAAGAGUGUUCCAUCUGAGCUACCUUCACAACUGUGAGACCAGAAGAGGACAGGUCCUGCUCUGGUCUGCCAGCAAAGUGUUUGAGGAGAUGACAGACAUUGAGAGACAGUUCCACAAGGCCCUCUAUACCAUCAGGGAGUUCCUUAACUGUGAACGUUACUCUGUUGGCCUCCUGGACAUGACCAAGACUAAGGAAUUCUUUGACCUUUGGCCUGUGCUGAUGGGAGAGGUGCCUCAAUACGAUGGACCCAAGACUCCUGAUGGCAGAGAAAUAAACUUCUACAAAGUGAUUGACUACAUUUUACAUGGAAAAGAGGAGAUCAAAGUUAUACCCAACCCUGCUCCGGACCACUGGGCUCUGGCCAGUGGCCUGCCCACCUACGUGGCUAAGGAGGGACUGAUCUGUAACAUUAUGAACGCAGCACAAGAUGACUUCUUCAGCUUCCAAAAAGGGCCCGUGGAUAGCUCCGGCUGGAUCAUUAAGAACGUCCUGUCCCUCCCCAUUGUGAAUAAGAAAGAGGAAAUAGUCGCAGUAGCCACCUUCUACAACAGGAAAGAUGGGAAACCCUUUGACGAGCAGGAUGAAACUCUAAUGGAGUCUCUCACCCAGUUCCUUGGCUGGUCUGUGCUCAACACCGACACCUAUGACAAGUGGAACAAGCUGGAGAACAGGAAGGAUAUCUUCCAGGACAUGGUGCUGUACCACAUCAAGUGCAGGACGGAUGAGACCCAGAAUGUCUUGAAUACCAGGGAGAAGUAUGGAAAGGAACCACAUGAGUGUGAGGAGGUGGAACUGGAAGCAAUCCUGUCGGAAGUUCUACCGCCCUCUACCAAGUCGGAGCUCUUUGAGUUUCACUUCUGUGACUUUGAGCACAGUCAUCUAGACCUGGUCAAGUUAGGCAUUAAGAUGUACUAUGAGUUGGGAGUGGUGGACAAGUUCCACGUUCCCCGCGAGACCCUCACCAGGUUCUGUUACUCCCUCAGUAAGGGCUACAGGCAGAUCACCUACCACAACUGGAGUCAUGGCUUCAACGUGGGCCAGACCAUGUUCACUCUGCUCAUGACAGGUGACCUGAAGCGUUAUUACACAGACCUAGAGACCAUGGCCAUGGUAACAGCCGGCUUAUGCCACGAUAUCGACCACAGAGGCACCAACAACCUAUACCAGAUGAAGUCUGGAAACCCUCUCGCCAAGCUCCACGGCUCCUCCAUCCUGGAGAGACACCAUCUGGAGACUGGGAAGACCCUGCUGAGAGACCCUGCCUUAAAUAUUUAUCAGAAUCUCAGUCGUGCUCAGCACGAGCAUGUCAUUCAUCUGAUGGACAUCGCCAUCAUCGCCACUGACCUCGCUCUCUACUUUAAGAAAAGAACCAUGUUCCAGAAGAUCGUGGACCAAUCGAAGACCUACGAGAGCUGGGAUGAGUGGACCAAGUACAUGACGCAGCAGACCACUCGCAAGGAGAUAGUCAUGGCUAUGAUGAUGACGGCCUGUGAUCUGUCUGCUAUUGCCAAACCAUGGGACAUCCAGAGCAAGGUGGCGCUGUCUGUGGCUGCAGAGUUCUGGGAGCAGGGUGACUUGGAGAGGACUGUACUGGAGCAGCAGCCUAUUCCCAUGAUGGACAGGACUAAAUCAGCUGAUCUUCCCAAGAUGCAGUGUGGUUUCAUCGAUUUUGUCUGUGCUUUUGUGUACAAGGAGUUCUCUCGUUUCCAUGUGGAGAUCACUCCCAUGCUGGACCGGUUGCUGAACAACAGGAAGGAGUGGAAUGCUCUGAAGGAGAUACACGAAGCAAAGCUGGCUGCUCUGGAGGAGGCCAAGACGGCCAAGGAGGAGGUAGCCAUUGCAGCCACCGCAGACAAGCAGGGUAACGCACCCGAAGCAGCCCCCCAGUCAAAGACCUGUGUUGUCAACUAGAAGAGAGAGAUCCCAGAUCUGGACCAAAGUGACUGCACCAAGACAGGAGCUUUACGUCCCUGUACCCGAUAUCGGUCUACUAGAGCUGGUUAGCAUUAGCCUAGCAUAGCCUUACAAUAUACUGAACUAGAGCCGGUUAGCAUUAGCUUAGCGUAACCUUACAGUAUACAUAACUAGUACCGGUUAGCAUUAUCUUAGCAUUACAGUAUACAUAACUAGAGCUGGAUAGCAUUAGCUUAGCGUAGACUUAGCGUAGACUUACAGUAUACUGCACUGUGCUGUACAUUGACCUAUUUAUUGACCUAUUUAUGGUACAAAGCCAGAUGAUCCACAGCCUGGAGCAGUUUGUGGACAAAUUCAAACACAGCCUAUUCCUGUGCAAUGGAUGUAAAUAUUUAGCUAUUUUAGUGGAAUUACUAUAUACUUACGCACUCGUUAAUUUGGUAAUGUGAAAUUGACUUCCUUAGAAAUAUGGAAUUCAGUUAGCAAAAAAAGGUUGGGGAUCAUUUCCAUUGUCUAAACAUAGAGUGCAUUUGUAAA